GUUUCUUUCAUUUUCAUCUAACAACUACAGACAACAUGGGUAAAGUUCACGGAUCUUUAGCUCGUGCCGGUAAGGUGAAAUCUCAAACCCCCAAGGUUGAGAAGCAAGAAAAGCCUAAGCAACCCAAGGGACGUGCUUACAAGCGUCUCUUAUACGUUCGUCGCUUCGUCAAUGUUACCAACAUGGCUGGUGGCAAGAGAAGAAUGAACCCUUCUUCUGCUUAAGUACUAUAAACGUACUUGAAUACAAAAAUUUUUCAUCGUCAAUGAAUUGUUUUUAAUUGAUUGAUGUUCUUUUAAGAAUUGGCUGAUUAAUGUAAUCCGUUAUUUAUGCGA